CGGGGUAGGGCAUGGCAACUCCAUCAAUCACUCACUCAAAUAUAGAUAGAUACUCGCCCGCAGGCACGAAACAAAAUUAGCACAAAUUGAAAAUGUUUCCAGCAAUCUUGAUUUUACUCGCUUUGCUACUCGACUCGGUUGGUGGUUUCAUCAUCACCGUGGAUGCCCACGAGGAGAUUUGCUUCCACGAACGUGUCCUGGAGAACGAGCGCAUCACCAUCUCCUUCGAGGUGAUGGAGGGCGGCUUCAAAGACAUUGGUGUGUCGAUCAAUGGUCCCGAACAGGAACUUCUGCACCACUCCGAUCGGGACUCCGUGGGCAGCUUCACCUUCAGCGCCAGCAACAGGGGCUUAUACAUGCUCUGCUUCGACAACCAGCUCUCCACUUUGACCCCCAAAGUGCUGAUGUUCCAGUUCCAUGUGAUUCGGGGCCUGGCUUACUACACGGAUCCCAUGCGACGCGGCGACGAUAUCCUCGAGCAAGCCAUUGUCCAGCUGAUGCUCAACGAACUGUCCAGCAAGAUGACGGCCGUCAAGCAGGAGCAGGAGUACAUGCACGUCCGCUAUCGCGGCCACCUGGAUGUCAGCGACAGUGUCCACUUCCGCAUUGUCUCUUGGUCGAUUUUCGGUCCCACGCUACUGCUGAUCAUGACCGUCCUCGAGGUGUACUAUCUGAAGCGCUUCUUUGAGGUGCGCCGUGUGGUCUGAUGUGUGGAUUUUUUCUUGUUAAAUGCAUUUUUGAUUGUGAAGAUUCUUUCUAUUGAGCACU